GUGAUCGCGGGUCUGUACCAGAGAGCGUUCCAUCACCUCUCCAGGGCUGCACGUGUGGCUGACGAGGAGGCCCAGCCUUCUUCCUGGGGCCAGGGGCCUGCAGCCUGGAAAGUGGAUGCAUAUAUGAUGCUGGUGGAUUUCUGUGACCAACAGCUCCAUAAGGAGGAAGAGNUCCCACUAGUAGAUGUAUGGACCAUCAUUUUCUUCUUUGCUGUCCUGGCAGUUACUGAUUCUGUAGAACUGCAGACGUAUCCAGCACUUGUGGUGGAGAAAAUGUUGAAAGCUUUAAAAUUAAAUUCCAAUGAAGCCCGGUUGAAGUUUCCUAGGUUACUUCAGAUUAUAGAACAGUAUCCAGAGGAGACCUUGAGCCUAAUGACAAGAGAGAUAUCUUCCAUUCCUUGCUGGCAGUUCAUUGGCUGGAUCAGCCACAUGGUGGCCUUACUGGACAAAGAGGAAGCUGUUGCGGUUCAGCACCCUGUGGAAGAGAUUGCCAAUAACUACCCACAGGCAAUUGUCUAUCCGUUCAUGAUAAGCAGCGAAAGCUACUCCUUCAAAGAUACUUCUGCUGGUCACAAGAAUAAGGAGUUCGUGGCAAGGUGAUAUUACAGAAAAAAUUAGGUUGAUCAAAUACUACAUGUAAAAAAUGUGUAUGGUAAAAGCAAACACAUGGAAGUUUAUGGUUAUCUUCAAAUUAAUUAGAACUAUCAUUGAACAAUCUUAGACAUUUAAUUAUUGCAUGUAUCUAUUCCAAGGAUGUUAAUUGUUAUAGUAUUUAUUUCCUUUUUCAAAUACAUUUCAUCUUACGAUGUUAUUCACAACACAUCCUACCCUUAUGCUCAUAGUUACUAGACUGCUGGUUGAGACAGACUAAAUGAGAAGUUUUCUGAAAUCAGUUCCUGAGAUUGUUCUUUAGUUUAAAAUAUACAGGCAGGCCCCUUGUUGAUUAGAACUCAGUAGACAGCCUGAGUCGUCCUUUCACUUCUCACAAAGCUGAUUUGUAAGUGGAAAUAGUUGAUGUAAGAGCAGUGGUGUUAGUUUCGCAGGAAUACUUUGUGAAUGUGUGGUCUUUUAGUUGACAUUCUUGAUCAAGUGCUUUCUUGGUCAUGAGCUGAUUUGCCUUGUUAUUUCAAGUGUUUUGAUUUUGAGAAGAUGAGCCUUCAUUGUGGUUUGUCCUCACGUGCUGUGCACAGGCCACUUGCUGCUGCCAAGGCCCUGCUUGCCACACCAUCUCCCUGAAUAGAGUCAACUGCAGUGGUGUAUUAGGCCAUU